AUGUUGAUAUUGAUCAUCCAUAAAUAUUAUUAUGAACUUAUUAUUCUGCUUAUUCUUCAGUUAAUUUCAUGUGAUGAUAAAUCACUCUGUAUAUUUACCAAAAAUAUAUAUUUGAAUGGUCUAAAACAACAAUUACAAGUAGAAUCAUGGGGUUAUGAUAGUAUUCGAAUACGUCUUAGUCCAGAUGUAAUUAUACAAACGCCAGAUUAUCAAGCGUUACUUCCAGAAAAACCAAUGGUAGAUAAAAAAGAUUGUCAACAAUUAAAUGGAAAUACAUUUAUUAAUGGUAAUAUUAAAUUUAUCAUCAAUGAUGAUAAUGAAACAUGGUCAAUUCAACGUCAGUCAGAUAGACUCAUUCUUAUUCAAACACAGUCAACCACAUUUUUGCCAUAUAAUUAUCCAGUCUCUGUUUAUUCGCCUAUUUAUACUCUUUACAAAUUAUCAUUGAUUUAUACACAUGUUCAAAAUGGAUAUCUAUAUGGUUUAGGACAACAUCAUUAUGGUCAUAAUCUAACAUUACCAUAUCAUAAUUUUCAUUUGCCAUUUGUUUUUUCAUCAACUGCACCAACAAAUGGUGAUAUAACAAUUCCAUGGUAUAUACAUACAUCAGGUUUUGGAUUUCUUUGGAAUCAACCAGGUUAUGGUUCAUUUGAUGUUAAAAAUGAUAAAGAAAUAAUGUGGACUGCAAAUGCUACACAUCAACUUGAUUUAUGGAUUACAACAAUACCUAAAGAAAAAUCUAUCUCUUCAUCAUUCUAUCCUAUUAUUAUGAAAAAUUAUGUUGAUGUUAUUGGUCAUCCAAAUCCAUUACCAUAUUUUGCUUCGGGUUUUUGGCAUUGUAAAAAUCGUUAUCGUACUCAAAAAGAAUUAUUGGAUGUAGCAAAAGGUUAUUAUGAUCGUCAAAUACCAGUGAGUGUUAUUGUUAUCGAUUAUUUUCAUUGGUCAGCAUUUGGUGAUUGGAAAUUUAAUAGUACAUGUUGGCCAGAUAUACCAAAAAUGAUGAAUGAAUUAAAAUCAUAUGGAAUGAAAUUAAUGGUAUCUGUUUGGCCUCAUGUAUCAAAAGACUCUGAAAAUUUUAUGACUAUGAAUAGAACAGGUUUAUUGACCCAUGAUGCUAAUGGAAGUAUUUUAGCAACAACUGGCCCAAUUAGUAAUGUUUCUUUUUAUAUUUCCGAUCAAUUUAAUCCAGCUACACGACAAUAUAUAUGGAAUAAAAUAAAAAAGAAUUAUUUUGCUUAUGAUAUCAAAAUUUAUUGGUUAGAUGCUGAUGAACCAGAAUCUCCUCGACCUGGCUUACAAUGGUGGUAUGGUCGACAUGAUGAUGAAAUUGCAAUGGUAUGGACAAGAGAACAUCAACGAACAUUUUGGGAUGGAUUAAGAGAAGAAAAGGAAGAAGAAAUAAUUAUGCUAAGUAGACAAGCAUGGAUAGGAAGUCAUUUGAUGAAUGUAGCUGUAUGGAGUGGUGAUAUUGAUUCAUCAUGGGAAGAAUUAUUAAAACAAAUUAAAGUAGCACAAAAUGUUGCUUUAUCUGGAAUUUAUUGGUGGACAACAGAUAUUGGUGGUUAUAGUCCUGUUGGUUUAGAUGAUAAUGAAUUUCAAGAAUUAAUAUUGAGAUGGUUUCAAUUUGGAGCAUUCUGUCCUCUAUUUCGUCUACAUGGUUACCGUUAUCCACCUUUGCCAGAUAAUGAAUGUGGAUUUUCUGGUGGUCACAAUGAAGUAUGGUUAUUUAAUUAUAGUAAACAAAUUAUUGAUAUAAUUCAAUUGCGUGAAUCUUUACGUGGUUAUGUUGAAUAUCAUUUGAAUAUUUCAAAUCAAAAUGGAACACCUCUUCUACGACCAAUGUUUUAUGAUUUUAACGAUGAUAUUGAAUGUUAUAAAUCUGAAGAUCAAUAUAUGUUUGGAUCAGAUUAUUUAGUUGCUCCUAUUUAUACAUAUCAAGCCACAUCACGUUUAGUUUAUUUACCUAAAAUUGAUAAACAGAAUUUCGUCUGGCAACAUUUUUAUACGAAACAAAUUUAUAAAGGUGGUCAACGUUAUAACAUUUCUACUACUUUAAAUGAUUUUCCUCUUUUUGUAAAGAUUGCAUCAAAUAAUAAUGAUGUACUAAUACAUGGAUUAAUCAUGCUUUUAAUUCUUAUAGCUUUACUUUUUUUAACAGUAAAGUUUUAUAUGCCAAUGUUAUACUCUAAGCAAUCUGCUUUGUUUUAUAUUCGUCGUCGUCGACAAACAUCGAAAGAUAUUCAUCGUUAA